AAAGUAGUAAAAUGAAGACAAAAGAAAGGGCAUUAUAGUAAUCCAUAUUAUGCAAGAAAAACUAUCUCUAUAAAGAUGGAUAUAGCCUAUAGGAAAGCUUAUUAUGUCAACGUACUCUCACACUCCGCAUAUAUCAUCCAGAAACAGAUUAAGCAAUUUAAACUCCACAACACAAGAAGCAGCAGCAGCAAAAAUAAUCAUUACAUUCAAGCACACAAACAAAAUUUCUAGCUACAUAUAUAUUUAGUUCACCAAACAAAAUUGGAAGUGGUAUCUACAAGGAACCCACAACCAUGCGCCUCUAAAGAUCGAAAAACCCCAAAUUCUUGAUUACAAGGGUGGAGUGUUGAAGACAAACUUUUAUCCAUGAGUUCGAUGUCAGACCCCGAAAACGCACAAAAGAAAAUCAAUACCAAACCUAUCGGAAUCCGAUUAUUAGAAUGUACCAAGAAAUCGAGCCUCUCGUUCAAAACUCAUCAAGUAAUAGUCCUAACCAUUACCUUUUUAGCAUACGCAAGCUAUCAUGCUACUCGAAAAACCACCAGCAUCAUAAAAAGUUCACUUGAUCCUCAAUCACCAGACAACUCGUUUUUAAAAAGUUCCAAAGCCCUUUCAUGGUUACUAGGAGGCGGUUGGGCUCCCUUUAACAGUGGAAAUGGGACUGCAUUGCUUGGAGAUCUUGACUUGGCAUUCUUAUUUGUAUAUGCAAUCGGCAUGUUUUUCUCGGGCCAUAUAGGAGACAGAAUGAACCUAAGGAUAUUUUUAACAAUAGGAAUGGUUGGAACUGGUUUAUUCACCUCAUUAUUUGGAGUUGGAUACUGGGCAAACAUUCAUGUCUUUUACUAUUACUUGAUAGUCCAAAUGCUUGCUGGGUUAUUUCAAUCAACGGGGUGGCCUUCCGUAGUUGCAGUCAUGGGGAAAUGGUUUGGAAAAGGUAAAAGAGGGCUCAUAAUGGGUAUCUGGAACGCUCACACAUCCGUUGGGAAUAUUGCUGGUUCUUUGAUUGCUUCUUAUUUCUUGAAGUAUGGUUGGGGUUGGUCUAUGGUUGUUCCUGGUGGAAUGAUUAUUUUUGUUGGUUUGCUGCUCUUCAUGUUUCUACCUGUUGAUCCUGAAUCAGUAGGAGCUGAAAGGGACGAAGAUAAAUCGAGUUUACCUGAAAAGAUAGGGGCAGAAGUCACGAAACCUUUAUUAAUCCCAACGAUGAGAAGUGAGAAAGAAUCGCCAGUUGGGUUCUUGGAAGCAUGGAAAAUACCCGGGGUUGCCCCAUUUGCAUUUUGCCUCUUUUUCGCAAAGUUGGUUGCUUACACGUUUUUGUACUGGCUUCCAUUUUACAUCAGUCACACAGCCAUAGAUGGAGAAUACUUAUCGGACGAGGCCGCGGGUAAUCUAUCUACUUUGUUUGACGUAGGGGGUGUGGUGGGAGGAAUCCUAGCAGGUCAUAUUUCCGACAGAUUAAAUGCUAGGGCCAUUACAGCAGCAAGUUUCAUGUAUUGUGCUAUUCCUGCACUAUACUUCUAUCGAAACUAUGGACACACAUCCAUGACCAUAAACAUCAUCCUCAUGUUGGUCACCGGCAUGUUUGUUAAUGGGCCUUAUGCUCUCAUAACAACCGCCGUCUCAGCUGACCUUGGGACCCACCGGUCCCUGAAAGGUAACUCUCGAGCCCUUGCAACAGUCACGGCAAUCAUUGAUGGAACUGGGUCCAUUGGUGCUGCAAUCGGACCAUUGCUUACGGGAUACAUUUCAACCCAGAGCUGGAGCGCGGUUUUCACCAUGCUUAUGGCAGCAGCUUUUGUGGCAGGGUUGUUUCUUACCAGACUUGUGGUCGCGGAAAUAACUACUAAAUGGCAAGAUUCGCGACAAGGUUUGACUACUAAUAUUCGCAGGUCUCCUACUAAUGAAGUGUGAUUACCUCAAAAUUGAGUAUACAGAAGAAAAAAACAAGGCACUUUUGUACAUACAUAAGAUAUCGUAUACAUAAAUUUAAAUCAAUUUUGUAUUUUACUAUUUGGAUGAAU